AUGGACCUUUGGGGCGUGUUGUUGACAAAGCAUCAUGACCAUCCACCAUUCGCCAAUCACACGGAUAUGUACAAGACUAUCGACACCAUCCGAGCAGGUGAAGUGCCCUGGGAGUCCUUUAUGAUGUCAUACAAAGGUCCACGGCCAGCGCAUGAUGUUCCUCCGUGGAUGGAUCAGACAUACGACGUCUGGUUCUGCGAUCCGCAGACGAUCAUCAAGAACAUGCUUGGAAACCCAGAUUUCAAGGAUAGCAUGGACUAUACCCCGUACCGUGAGUUUGAUGUCUUGGGCUCGCGGCGAUGGGAGGACAUGUUCUCUGGUGACUGGGCUUGGGACCAGGUGGAUGAAAUUGCGAAGGAUCCUGCUGCGGCCGGGUGCACAUUUGUCCCCGUCAUCCUUGGCAGUGACAAGACAACCAUGUCAGUUGCUACCAGCCACACGGAGUACUACCCGCUUUACCUGUCCAUAGGCAAUGUCCGCAACACUGUCCGGCGUGCGCACCAAAACGUGGUUGCCCUGGUUGGCUUCCUAUUGAUCCCCAAAACAAACCAGAGAUACAUGAGCGAUCCAGACUUUCAGCAUUUUCACCGACAGCUGUACCACUCGUCCCUCUCAUGCAUUCUCCGUUCUCUGAAGUCUGGCAUGACCAACUGUGAGGUUGUGCGCUUCGGAGACGGAUACUUCCAACGGGUGAUGUAUGGCCUUGGGGCUUACAUAGCUGAUUACCCGGAGCAGGUGCUCCUUACCUGUAUCGUACAAGGUUGGUGUCCCAAGUGCCUCACAUUCCGGGAUGACCUCAACGGCUCUGACACCGAGCAUCCGGUGUUACCCCGAUGCAAAGAGCAUAACGAGUUUGUGAUCGAUGAACUUGACCUCGGCACAUGGUGGGAUAACUAUGGCAUUAUAGGAAAUACCAUUCCGUUCACGAACAACUAUCCGCGUGCGGACAUUCACGAAAUGAUUUUUUUGCCGGACAUCCUUCAUCAACUUGUCAAGGGAACGUUUAAGGACCACCUCGUCGAGUGGGUGGUUUUGUACUUGCACAAGGUACACUCGAAGGAUUGCGCCCUUCAAAUCCUCGAUGAUAUUGACAGGAGAAUUGCUGCAGUCGCUCCUUUCGCUGGCUUACAACGGUUUCCCAAUGGUCGGGGUUUCAAACAGUGGACAGGAGAUGAUAGCAAAGCGUUGAUGAAGGUUUACAUUCCAGCCAUCGAGGGGCAUGUUCCCCGUGACGUCGUGCGCACGUUCCCCACAGCCAACGCCCUCGCACAAUUGACAGGUCUUUUUCAGACAUUAGCAGUUGACCCGGCCACCAUAAGUCACCUGCACACGCGAGGUCUCAACGGCGGGAGUGUGGAGGAGGAGUCGGGGUCAGCCAUUGAUGGCCAAGUCGACGCAAAGGUUCGGUUGCCCAGGUCACCAGCGCGUGGACGUGCGCACAGCCUCGCUCAACUCGCGAACGAGCUGUAUCUCCCGAUGUUCGACCUGCUCUAUCAGGUCAGGUGCUUUUUGCAGGAGCAGCUAUCGCCUUCACCGGACGUGGACAUAUUCAUCUACAACUUGGCCAUCGCAACAUUCUGUGCCCCCAGCAACAUUUGCGGGACAGCCGGAAUGACAUCCGAACGCAUUCAAUCCACCCUCAAUUGGAGAAACGAAGCCGCUCGCCAUGACUGUGUAUUCGUGUCAACAAACAGUGAGGUCUCCAGUAUGCUCGGCAUGGAGGUCGCCUGGGUCUUAGCCUUCUUUGGCUUCGACUACCAGUCAAAGUACUAUCGGUGCGCCCUUAUACACUGGUUUUCCCAAGUACGAGAUGUUCAAGACGAGGAUACCGGGAUGUACAUCGUUGCCCCCGACUACAAUGAUGAUGGCACCAGCUUGCUUGCUGUUGUGCCCAUCAACUCCCUCGUCUGCGCCGCCCAUCUCAUCCCUUUCUACGGCGACAAAUUCAUUCCGGAAGGCCUCAAACACUACAGCUCUUACAACAAUUUCUUUGGUUUUUACAUUAACCGAUAUGCUGACCAUCAUUCUUUUGAAAUAGCUUAG